CUGAAGCUGCUCUGAAGAAGCUCUGAAGCUGCUCUGAAGAAGCUCUGCUCAGCGGCAACAUGGCUAAGGCGCUCUGGGCUCUCACGGGGCUGCUGGCCCUGCCGCUCAUCUGCGCUCAGGACCUCGCAACCAUGAUGCGGCAGUGCAGACAGAACCAUCUAGACCGUCUCAACGAGUGCAUCGUGAGCGCCCUGAUGAGAAUUUGACCCCAGCUCGCAGUGGGUAUUCCGCAGCUGCAACUACCACCCUUGGACCCUCACCACCUGAGCCCCAUCAUCUUCAACCAGCUGCAAGGUCCGGUGCAGAUGCGCUCCAGCUUCGACGACAUCGUCAUCAACGGCUUGUCCAAGUUCGACCUCCACUACUUCGACUGGCACUAUAGUCUCAGGAAGAUGUUCAUCGGUGCCACAAUUCCCACGUUAAUUGUGAAAGGCAAAUACAACAUCAUGGGGUGGAUCAUCGGGCUACCUUUGCAGGCCGUGGGAUCGUACUCUGCUGUCUUGCGCGGGAUUGAGCUCGAAGCCGAGAGUGACUUGGGCUUAAAGGCAGACGGCAGAAUGUACCUGAAGAAUGUCAAUCUGAAAUUCAAAAUUAAAUCACAUGAUCUGCAGCUCGAAAACCCCUCCGGCAGCAAUACUGUUCUCAGUGACGUCAUGCAGAACUUCCUGAACGAAGUCUUCGACCUGAUGCUGAGAGCCCAGCAUCCUGAACUGCAGAAGAUGUAUGGUGACUUGCUAGCGACGAUCCUCAAGCCUUUUGUUGAUUCCCUUCCACUAGAUGUCGUCUCGUAUAUAACUAACGCUAAUUCAUUAGAUAAACAUCGGCGCAAGACAAAUGAAAGACUGAUAGCUGAAGCUCAAGCGACCAUACUUCAGGGAUCACAUUUGGUCUACGGGUUUUAUCCUAUAACGUUAAUGUUAUUCACUUGAACGAAGUUACAUCAAAACGAUUACACGGAUCAUUAAAACGAGUAAUGAUCAUUCAUGGAUCAUUAAAAUGAUCAUUAUAAAACGAUUACGCAAAGAAAUGAUGAGCAUUUGGUGCCUCUAUUGAAUUAUUUACAAUUAGUAAUCCAAUCCAGCCAGAUGUAGAGGUCCUAUUUAUUGCAGUAGUUGUCCCAGCAAAAAAAAAUCGUACCAUUCCACUUAGGGAGAAGAGUGAGUGUCUAUGCAGAUCCCAGUGAAAAUUUGCAGACAAGUCAGCUUCCGAUUUGGAGUACCAGAAGCUAGGGCGACUCUAAAUUUUGUUAGGGUAGGGAUGCUCUCUUCUUGCGUUUGUGCGCCAUCCUGACAAACUCUGCGUUGGCAGAAGAUCGUAUCAGGGCUACGUUCUCUCCUUUCUCUUGUGUGUGUGUAAAAUGAUUGACUUUCUUUUUACAACACUUCUCUUUAACUUCACUUCUUGUUUGUAUGUU